CCAGUAGAGCUCUGUUCAGUGAGAUGGCCAAAGGGAAAGCAAAGAACAGCAACGGAGAGGACUUCGUUCCACCCCAGCCUCCAUCACUCAGGUCAAGAAAGAGGGAAUGUCCAAGUGAUCACAUUUCCCUGACUGAUGAUGUUCAAGCUACUGUCCAUCAACAGGACACUGAAGGAAAUAAUACAGCAGUUGUUUCCUCACCGCCACAGUCACCUCCGCAUGAAUGUGCUAUGAUUACAAAUCAACAAGAUCAGGGAGCUAAACAGUCAGAUCUCACAAAACCAGAUGACUCCAUCGUCAAAAAACACACAGAAGCACCAAAUGAAGCAGCCAAUAUUUACUUAACAAAUAUGGCAGUUACAGGGCAGGAAGAAGAAAAAGAACCCAAGAAUGAUUCUCAUCUAGAGGGCUUUAGAGUAGAUACUGAGCCUGAUAUUAACCACAGUGGAAAGAACAAGGAAGAAGAAGCUUCAGAGGAGGGUAACAGAUCAACAUAUCAAGCAUGUACUGAUCAACUCCUCUUGUCAAUCACCGAAGAGGAUGACGGAUCCAGUGCAGCUGCUUUGGAGAAGGAAUUGGGGGCAAAGGCGAGCUCUAAUUUAGAAAGAAAUCAAGAAACCGACCACAGCAAACCCAGCACUGUGUGCACAAAUGAUGUCAAGGAACUCACAAAGGAGUCGGCAGCAGGUUUACCAGCCAAAAAGAAGCGAAGGAUGGGUAUGUGCGGUCUAACAGAGAGGGAGAGGAGUCAAUUUUUACUGACUCAGAAGCGUGAAAGUGGGCCGAAUGGAAUGGAAAGAGCUGAGAAACAGAUUUGUAAUAACACAAGUCACCCUUUGGCUCUGGCAGAGAAUAAGUCUUCACCCACUUUACCUCCUUCACCUGUGUCCAUCGCAGCAGAAUGUAUCACAGAACAGAGCGAGACGGAGCUGCAGCUUCAGUCCAGUCACUGCGGAGGAGAUGACAGCGCAGAAACAAAAGUCCUCAUCGCUGCCACUGUCUCAGAUGGGACCGGUUCUGUGUGUGAUCCAGGCUGCUCAGAGGUAAGAAGUUGUGAGGCUGAAGGAGGCACAGUGCCUGGUCCAGAACAAACUGGUAACCCAGAGUCAGAUCCACUUCCAGAGAAAGAAGAUGGGGAGUGUUUGGAGAACAAGGAGCUGAAAGAGCUUAAGGGAAGUACUGCUGAGGUUGUGGCUGAAAUACCUCAAAAACAAAGGAAAGAGGAGGAGGAGGAGGGCUCAGCUGAAGUCAACUAUAGUUCUGCCAUCACUUUUUCCACAAAAGAGGAGAGUGAAAACAGGGAUGCCAUCGAGGCUACCCUUCUGCAGGUGAAUAGUGUGACCAUGAUAAGAGAUGAGAAGAAGGAAGCGACAACUGGUGAAGCAGUGGGUGGUGAUGGAGCUGAAGAAGCAGAAACCCAGUCAGGAGGAUUAAACUGUGGCUCUGUGGAGCUCCGUGAGGCUGCAGUGACACACAGUGUCUCAGAGAGGAACGACAACUGUGAUCCUGAUGAUAAACCUGCUGCUGGUUCUCCUGCAGUGAGCACUGAGAACACUCAGAACAGAGACACUGCUGACCCGUUUGGAUCUGGAUGCCUGGAUUACGUGUCGGACUCGCAGCUGAACACCAUUAUUCUGAUUGACGAGAAGAUGAUGGAGAAAGAGGAGUCUGAUUCCUCAGAAUGCCUUGAAGAUGCCUCAGAUCUGAUCUGUGGACUCAUCAGAGAACUCUCUGCUCUAAAUCGGAGGGUCAUGGCUACUCAUCGAGAGCUGGAGAACCUGCGUCGAGGCAGCAAAGGUUCAAGGAGCCCCAUACGUUGAGGAUGUGUUUCAAGUAUUUGUCAUCCUAAUCUUGAUCUGUUGACCCAAGGGUUCAUGGGUAGAGAAGACACUUUUUUAGAUAUUUCACAAAUACAUUUUCACUCUUCACAGCUGGAGUGUUCCAUUUAAUUCCUUUGUUGUUGCAGUUCUCUCCAAAUAAAGCUGUGUGGUGUUUGUUCAGUCAGUAA